ACAGCUCAGGUAGAAGAGUACCUCAAAGAGGUCAACAAGGGCCACGAUGACGGCGCCAUCCUCCUGGAUGACGCUGACAUUUCCCUGGGCGACUUUUCCUUCCCCGGAGAUAACGUCAGUCAAGAUGCCAACACCUCCAGCGGCGCAUCAGAUCCGGCCAUGGUCUUUGAUAUGCCCAACUUUACCAGCCAAGAUGCUGGUGCCUUCAUCAACAGUCAGCUCAUGGGACUUGGCAUGUCCGAGGCUCUUCCCCCCUAUGAGAUGAUUGAAGAAUUACACAACGUCUACUUCAACACUCACUACCACUUCCUCCCCAUCAUCCACUCUGGCCGUUACUACCAGGCCUUCUAUGGACCUCCCAACAGAAAACCGCCCAUGUGUCUGCAAUACGCACUGUGGGCUUACACUGCGAUUGGCCAUCCCAAAUAUGACCAGUAUGCUGAAGCCUUCUACAAGAGAGCCCGGCAGUACAUUGAGGCAGAUGAGAUGAGAAGCGAUGGCGAGCAUUUCGUGACAGUAGCUCACGCCCAGGCUUGGGCCACCAUUGCCAGCUACGAGGCCAAAGCCAUGCUCUUCACCCGAGCAUCCAUGAGUGCUUCGCGCUACGUUCGCCUUGUUCAGAUGCUGGGACUGGACAGGCUUGAUAAAGAAGGAGACGACAUCCCCCCGACGCUUGGCCCCAUUGCCAACUGGACCGAGCUGGAGGAGCGCAGGAGGGUCUUUUGGGGCGCGUUUGCCAUUGAUGCCCACGCAAGCUUGGCGACUGGCUGGGCUCACAUGGUCAAGUCCGAGGACGUAAUGACGCGGCUUCCGUCUUCAGAGGACUCGUUCAUGUCAGGGAGGGAAGAGAAGACGGUAUUUCUGGAGGAGGUGUUCUCGGGGGCCCCUUAUGAAAGCUUCUCGGGUGCCAUUGUCAUCUGCGAGGUCUUCAAGAUCAUCCUCAGGCACGUUCACGGCGCGAAGCCCUCUGACCAUCCGGAGGACUUGAUGAACGGCGCCUACUGGAAGCGUCAUCGCGAUCUCGACAACAAGCUCUCGAGCCUCUUCAUGUUUCUGCCUGAGAAAUUUCGCCUCCCAAUGAGGGCUCAGGACCCAGCCGCGGUGCAUACAAACCUCAACCUGCACGCCUCCGUAAUCUGUCUACACCACGCCGCCAUCGAGACAGCAGAGAAGUAUGGGUUUAACGACACCAUCAAGCAGAACAGCCUGUGUAGGCUGAGGACUGCUGCUGAGGAGAUUGUCAACAUUAUCAAGUUGACAUCGCAUCACACUUCUUUCUUUAAAACGCAACUCUGUGCGCUCUCGUUAUAUUCUGCCACGACUGUCUAUGUCUAUCUGGCCAAGGAUGACCCCGUGGCCGGUGUUACCCCCAUUGAUAUCUCCAACCUGGAGAUUAUCAUUAACGCAAUGGAAGCCAUUGGCCGUGUGCACCAAGUUACAACUGCAUUUUUGCAGCAAGCCUGUCUCGAUAUCGAGCGCAAUGGUUUGACAUCCUGCCUGCGCCUGCCGUCUCUCUCAAAAUACCGCGAUCUGUUCGGCGGCCCGGCGUCAAACAUUCCUCGAUUUGCUCGCACUUCGGUAUCGCAACACACUGAGAUGUCUUCGCCAUUGCCCGGACGACUCCCUCUCGGCGGCCCCAAGGGCGUUAGGAGGCCGUCUGGCUUGAGAAUGAGCAAGCCGCUUGCCUCCAUGACGGGUGUCCAACCGGAAAUGACUCACACAGCAGAUUGCUUCAACGCUGUUCUCGGCGCAGUGACUCGAAAUGUCACCCCAAGGUCAUAUGAUGCCGCCAACAACAAGCGGAAGCGGGUAGCUGUCAGCCCCGGGCCGGACGCGGGUAUGGCGACAACUGGCAACUCUGGAACUUCUGGGACGGCAGCCAGAGACUUCCGCUUCAGCAUCAGCAAGGGCUGCGUGGACACGCCCGCGAACCACGCCUGCGGGAACCUCUGGUCCCACGGAGACGUCAACAUGAAUCCACAAGCAGCCGUCGACCCCAUCUUCGUGCUGCCGGACCGCACCAGCUCAUCCGCAUCGUCCCCGGCCCCGCGCGGACCUUGCACGGAGCCCUUUUCGGCGAGCAGUCACACUUCACCCAGCUUGGGUCUCGGCAAUACUCCUGAGGAGAAUCGCAUUGAUUUACGGCAGUUUCAGGGGCGCAUUACCACGCCGCUCUGGCAGAGCACGGAAGAAGGCAUCUUUAACCACAUUACGGAGACGAUUGCGCAGUAUUCGGGAGAUGGAAACGAUCCCUGGGCGCUAGAGAGAGAGAGAGAGAGAGAGAGAGAGAGAAAAGGGAGAAUGUUCACAUACAUCAUCGGCCUCCUCGGCCUCCUCCUGCUCAUCGUCCCCAACCCCCUCACAGAGUACUUUCUCUCCCAGAAGGAGAGGGACAAGUACCUGUCGCCGCGGCCGCAGCUCAACGAGUCGCUGCUGGCGAUUGACGCUCCGAACGCGACGCUCCCGGACUGUCCCGCUGACGCGUACGGGGUGCGGAUCCUGAGGAGGGAGCCGCUGGUGGUGUAUCUGGAGGGGUUCCUGAGUGAGGAGGAGAGGAGGCAUUUGCUCGAGAUUAGCGAACCCCUAUUCGAACCCUCGACAAUCACCCACGACGCCAGCUCCACGCACCGCGACACCACCGUCCGCGACUCCUCCGUCGCGCUGCUCCCUCGCACAGACACGGUCCGCUGCAUCGAGGCCCGCUCGCUCGCCUUCCAGGGCUGGCGGCGCGACGUCUGGAUCGAGCGCCUGCGGACGCAGCGAUACGUCGAGGGCGGCUACUACAGGCAUCAUCUCGACUGGAGCGGCAACGUGGGCGGAUGGGGCCGGGUGAGCAGCUUCAUGGCGUGGGUGGAUGCUUCGGAGGACCUGGAGGGCGGGGGCACGGAGUUUCCGCUGCUGGAGGCUUGGGAAGGGGGGAGGUGGUGUGAUUUGCUGGAGUGUGGGCAUCAGAAGCAGCAGCAGCAGCGAGAGAUUGAGGGGGUUACGUUUAGGGCUAUUCCGGGGAAUGCAGUCUACUGGGAGAAUUUCGCGGCGGAUGGGAGGGGAUAUGAGGAGACGUGGCAUGCUGGGUUGCCGGUGAAGAAGGGGGUCAAGGUUGGGUUGAAUAUUUGGAGCUUUGGGAGGAUAUAG